UUGUCUUGUCUUGUCUUGUCUUGUUCUGUCUUAUUUUGUCUUAUCGUGACCGUCUUAUACCUCGACUUAAGCUUCCAGUCUUCGUAGCCGUUUACUUAGCAACUUAAUUCGCUCUGGAUAGGAGAAGCAGUUAUCUCGCCGUUGGAACGAAUAUCGACCUAACCUACCUGCUUAAUCUAGUAGGGCAUUUUACCACCUCAAAAUAAUCCAACCAAGAAGAAAAUGGCGGACUCGUUACCAAAGACCUUCAAAGCCGGUGUCCUAACGGGGGAAAACGUACCCAUCGAAUUCCAGGAUAGAGAGCUAAAGCUCCCGGGUCCUGGCCAGGUCCUCGUCAAAAUACUCGCCUGCGGAGUGUGCUUCUCGGACGUCUGCGCGCAACGCGGCGAGUACGGCGACGAUGUGUAUCCCCGCGUACCUGGGCACGAGCUCGUUGGCGAUGUUGUUGCUAUCGGUAGCAACGUGACGAGGUUUAAGGGUGGUGAGCGAGUGGGUGGGCCGUGGCAUGGAGGCCACGACUGGACAUGUCGCCAGUGCGCCCGCGGCCAGUUCCAAAUGUGCGAUAAUCAGGAAAUCAACGGCGUUAGCCGGGACGGUGGAUAUGCCGAGUACACACUCCUCCGAGAAGAAGCCGUCGUGCGCGUGCCCUCAGACGUAGACCCAGCAGAAACCGCACCAUUACUCUGCGCCGGCGUCACCGUCUUCAACUCGAUGCGUAAGAUGCACGUAGAACAGGGCAACAUGGUAGCGGUCCAGGGGGUCGGCGGCUUGGGGCACUUGGCCGUGCAGUACGCGAACAAGAUGGGGUACCACGUCGUGGCCAUCAGCUCCGGCGACUCUAAGCGUAAGUUCGCCGAGCAGCUCGGCGCGCAUAGCUACAUCGACGCGAGCGAGGAGGACCCAGUCAAAGCCCUGCAAGCAUUAGGGGGCGCAGCGAUGAUCGUGUCCACAGCGCCGAAUGCAGCUGCUAUCAGCCCAUUAGUCGGCGGGCUGCAGGCUGGCGGGAAAUUGCUGGUGCUGGGCCCGCCGCACGAUCCCGUGCCGUUCAAUACGCUGCUGAUGAAUCUCAAGAGCUUGUCCGUGCACGGCUGGUCAAACGGACACGCGCUGGAUUCCGAGGAGGCGAUUCGGUUCUCGGUUGAUCAUGGUGUGAAAUGCUGGGUUGAGAAGUAUCCGCUUGCGGACGCGGCGAAGGCGAUGGAGUCGUGUGCGGCGAAUAAGGCCCGAUUUAGGGGCGUAUUGCUUCCGUGAGAGGGGUUAAGUAAGGGAUGCGCAUUGUGAGCGUUGAAUAGAGUGGUGGGAGAAUAUUAUUUAAAAGGAUAUUAGUUGUGGAAUUAUUAGCAAGAUGGAAAGGUUUAAGUCUACGAUAACGAUACGAUAACGAUACGAUAACGAUACGAUA